UACGCCGCACCAAAACUUCCACGACUUGUGCCCGUGUCCGUUGUUCAACGUCGGACAUGGACACCUGACGACCGUCCCUGGACUUCCGAUCGACAACACCGCGGUGGUGUUAGCGCGGCAUUCCGCCUGUUAAUAUUCGAAUGGUGGACGCGUAGAAAAUCCGACAAACUGGACAAGUUACCUGAGUAUCUCCGCGACACCGUGGACUGGUUUAUGGGGAAAGGUCGAAAAGCCAAAGACAAGGAAUCAUUAUGUAAUGAUGAUAACAAAUUGUAUUUGGAAGAAGCUGUAUUAGAAAAAAAGUUACCUGAUAUUGAUCUUAGGAUUUUAGUUGAAAUGCCAAAUGGAAUAGAUUUUAAUGAGUGGCUCGCUUCUCAUACAAUUUCAAUUUUUGACAACACCAACUUGAUUUAUGGAACUGUGUCAGAAUUCUGUACUAUUUCGGGAUGUCCUGAUAUGGUUGGACCAAGUUAUAGAACCUAUUUGUGGUUUGAUGAAAAAGGUAAAAAAUCUCGAGUUGCUGCUCCAUUAUACAUUGACUAUGUUAUGACGUUUGUUCAAAAAACUAUUAAUGAUGAGACCAUAUUUCCAACUAAAUAUGCUAAUGAAUUUCCAGUCGGCUUGGAGAUAGUGGUAAAAAAAAUUUUAAGAUUGUUAUUUCACGUAAUAGCACAUCUUUAUCAUAGUCACUUUCGCGAGUUAGUACUUCUAAAUUUGCAUACACAUUUAAAUUGUGUGUUUGCUCAUCUGUCAGUAUUUAACCACCGUUAUCAAUUAAUUGAGCUACGUGAAACUGAAAUCCUACAAGAUCUAGUUGUAGCUCUAAAAAUUUUAGGCGAUGAUGAAGAAGUAGCUACUGAAGUCAACGAAUCUAUUGAUGAAUAUAAGGAUGUUAUCAACAAAGAACCAACUAUGUCUUUUGCAGAUCAGCCCAUUAACAUGUUCCCUAAUCCUUCUCCUAUUAAUACACAGACUUUAGCUACUCAAAUUGAUAAUUUCUAGUCUAGUAAAUAAAAUAUUAUAAUGCAUUAAGUAUAUUUAUAUAGGUACUACAAGUUUAUUGCAUAUGUUACAUAUGUAUAAUUAUUCUGUACAUAGAAUUUCUUGUUAAAUAAUUUAGAAAAUACCAGUUGGCAGACAAUAAACUAAUAUCAAAGCUUUUAAAUCAACUUUAUUAUACUAAAAUACCAAUCUACUAAAAUAUAUUUAUCUUUAAAAUGAAUAAUACAUUUUUAAUAACUAAAAAUGUUAAAUACUAAUUUCUCACAAUAAUUCAUAAAUUUUGUUUGGUCGGAUUCAAAUAGAUUUAAUCAUUGAAUCCAUUGGUACAUAUAUUUAAAUUUUAUCUUUCAUGUUUAAAAUAAUUAAAAGUUAUACUAUAUAAGAAUUUUAUUUUAUAAAUAUUGUUUGCCACUAUUCCUAAAAUUGUUUUUAAGUAUUUAGGAAAUAUUAUCCAAAUUACUAAUUCACAGGUUUGCAUUGUUAACUAACUAAAAUAUUACUCGAACAUCUCAAUUAAAGUUAUUUGAAAUCCUUUCUAUUUUGAACUGUAUAAAUUAUUAUUCUUGUGCACUGUU